CCUUGAACCAAACAAUAUGGCUGCCAAAAAAAAACUCAAAACGUCACUUCAAAAUUAUUACGUAAUAAAAACUUUACAAAAAUGCCUCUCACAUCGUCUAUUGAAUAAAAUACCAUGAAAUACACAUGCAAAUCAUGGAUAAACCAAAAACACAACUAGUAAAGUCUAAAUCUUCGAAUAGUGCUAUUACAACCAAGUCUGAACCGCGAAAACACAACAAGAAGAGCCGUAGCAAUGGAGGGUUUCUGCCAGAGUACCAGCCGCUCUCGUUGAAGAAACGAGGGGUCUACGUCGAGAAAAAGCCGACGAAAAUAUCUAUAAAUGAACAACCGGAUUUGAGUCCUGAAGUCAUAAACAAGAAGCCGUCGAGUCCGCGUCCUAUACCAAGACCGGGACGAAAGAGGUUCCUAGCCUCAGUCCUAACAAUCCUCUCCCAGUCCACAACCGGAACCCAGUACCCAGACCACGAUGACCCAGAACCAGUCAAGAAAAUCGACAAAACGAAGAACAAGUUAAAGAAAAAGAAAGAAGAAGAGGCUAUCCAAGAAGAUUCGAUAAUAACUGCCUCUAGCUCGAAGAAGAAACAGAAAUACCGCUCGAAAGUAUUGAACGACCAUAAUAAUGAUUUUGAGCAACUUGUAAUAUUGAAAUCUACCAAAGAGAUCACACACACUCCCUCAAAUUACUCCAAUAAGAGCAAUAAUUUAAAAGAGCCCGAAAAUAUAAAAUGGGCUGAUAUACUCCCGCCGCUCGUCAAGAAUGGGAAUCCAGAUCAUAUCAAUUUACCAGAAGACAAUAGAAAUUCGCAAGACAAGAAAGACGGGAGAGGUGGUCUCGUCGAGAAGGACCCGUCGACGAUGGUCGCAGAAGUACCCAAGAAGGAGGAAAAGAAAUUGUACAAUUUCUUUGUCGAUCUACUUGAAACCACCUUCUCAGUAUACAAUGUGAAAACGGAGUUCAACCCUCACCCAGUCUCAAGCGUAAACUCCUCAAAAGUCGCCCUAGAAAUUGACGAAUCAGUAGCCAAGAAACUAAACAUACAAAAAAUUAGGGACCAUUCAGAGUGUUCUGAUGAUAAAUGUUGCCCAAAUCCCUCGAAACAUGUUUACUGCAUCAAGCCGGAUGAUAACGAAGUUUGGGACAGCAAACCAGGUCAGCAAAGCACCAAAAAACCGUCUUCAAAACGAUCGCGACCCGUAUCGCCGACGAAGUCGUUGAAAAAGAAAAGAAGACUACAUUCCGAAUCUUUUGACCAGAAGAAAACAAAACCUAUCCCAAUAACUACCAGUUUAACAAUCCCAAACAAAAAGACCUUAUUACGCAAAGACAGGAAGAAAACCUUCAUUAAUAUGUUGAAAGAUCAACUCAAAAUGGAGGAAUGCGUUUUUGAGGAGCCGCAGAACUUCUUCCAAGCAUUGAAAGUGAUAGCACGCAACAAGCGAAGAUGUCAGAAAUCAAUACAUUUUAACGAAACGAUGAAAAAGUCCAGUGAAGGCGACGUCCAUGUUUGCCAAUUCAAACGACGCAGAUUGCUCUCAGCUAGCACAAAUAAAUCAUCCAAAAAAUCUUAUCGUCCGGAAAGUGAGUUUAUGAGACCGAUGAGAUCAUUCAACAAUUCUGACAUUACGUCAAGUACGAGAAAAAGGACCAUAGCAAUAACUGAAACGGAACAUGAAUUAGAUCCAUCACAGCAUUCGUUAGAAGUCUACGGGUUCGAUUACGAGUUGAACACACAUAAACGUUUCAAACACGAUUCGGUAUUCGGUUAUAACUCCUCAGUUUCCACUUAUCAUACUAAUAGGGAUUAUUUUGCUAAUGAAAGUUUGACUAAGUAUAGCGAUAGUGGAGCUAGCUCCCUCAUGCAAAGCCCAAGUCACAUCUCUGAGAAACAUGGCUUGAGAUCGCUUAGCAGGUUACUCGAGAAGUGAGAGAUAGAAAACAUAAUAAAAAUUGUAAUAUUU